AUGUCUCAUGAUUCGCCACCAGAAGAACGCAUGAUUUAUGUAGGCGGUUUUGCCGAACAAGUCGACGAAGAGAUACUAGAAGAGCUGUUUAUUCAGACAGGACCAGUGGUUAAAGUGAUGAUUCGAGAUAUCAAAGAUUCCAGGGCGAAAUAUGCAUUGAUUGAGUUCGAGGACGAGGCAACUGUACUAUUCGCGAUCGAAUUGAUGAACGGAGUGAAAUUAUUCAAUAAAGAGAUCAACGUAAAGCCGAGAAACGGAACAAAACAAGAGGAAUUAUACAGAAGGAAACGAGGAGAAAUUGAGGAGAGGUUUAGAGUGAUGAUGGCUGAUUUGGGUGGAGGAGAUAGAGAACGAGACAGAGAUCGAAGAAGUAGUUAUGAUAAUAGAAGGGAUUAUCAGAGGGAUCGAAGCCCGCAUUCGAGAGAUAGUGGUGGUGUAAGAGAUUGGGACAGAAAUUCAAGGAGUAAUAGGUGA